GAUCGCACACUUCAGGUCGGCAGUGCCCGUGAACAUUUGUGGAAUCCAAGCUGCAGUCACAGAGGCAGGGACAGAGCAGGCAGCAGACGCCAUGGAGUCCCCCUCAGCCCCUGCCCACCGAGGGCGUGUCCCCUGGCAGGGGCUCCUUGUAGCCGUCUGGCUGUUAACCUUCAGGAGCCCGCCCACCACUGCCCAAUUCACUAUUGUGUCGAUCAAUGCCACUGAGGGGGAGGAUGUGCUUCUCCUUGUCCUCAAUCUGCCUGAGAAUCUUCUAGGCUAUACCUGGUACAAAGGGAAAAGUGCAGACAACAACCAUGUAAUUGCAUCAUAUGUAAUACAGACUCAGAAAUUUACCCCCGGGUCUGCACACAGCGGUCGAGAGACCAUAUACCACAAUGGAUCCCUGCUGUUCCGGAACAUAACCCUGAAUGACGCAGGAUACUACACCAUGCAAGCUCUAGAGGAAAGUUUGCAGGGUAACAAAGCAACUGGACAGCUGUGUGUGUACCUGGAGUUACCCAAACCCAGCAUCACAACCAACAACUCCAACCCCGAGGAGCACAAGGACCCUGUCCUGUUAACGUGUGAACCUCACACUGAGGACACCACCUACCUGUGGCUGAUCAACAAUCAGAGCCUCCAAGACAGUGCCAGGCUGGAGCUGUCCACAGACAACAGGACUCUCACUUUGCUCCAUGUCACGAGGAAUGACACAGGACCCUAUGAGUGUGAAACCCGGAACCCAGUGAGUGCUGGCCACAGUGACCCCUUCACUCUGAAUGUUCUCUAUGGCCCGGACACCCCCUCCAUUUUUCCCUCGGACUCCUAUUACCCACCAGGGGCAAACCUCAGCCUCUCCUGCCAUGCAGCCUCUAACCCACCUGCACAGUAUUCCUGGCUUAUCAAUGGGAGGCCUCAGCAACCCACACAGGAGCUCUUCAUCCUCAAUAUCACUGCAAAUGACAGUGGAUCCUACACUUGCUUCGCCCAUAACUCUGUCACUGGCCACAAUACGACCACAGUCAAGAAUAUCACAGUGACUGCAGAAAAUGACUACAUGGGCUACUCCUCAGGGACCAUUGCUGGCAUUGUGAUUGGGGUCCUCUUCAUGGUGGCGCUGGGGACCUCCCUGGGGUAUUUUCUGUGCCGCAGGAGGACUGGGAGGGCCAGUGACAAACAAGGCCUCACAGAGCACCGACCCCCAGCGUCCACCCCUGGCCACGGUCCCUCUGGAGCCUCCUUCUCCCCGGGUCCCCUCCCCGGCCCCAGGACAGCCAGCCCCAUCUAUGAGGACUUGCUGCACCCAAGCACAGACGUGUACUGGCGCAUCAGCCCCAGAGCCAACGGGGCUUCCUAGUUCCUCCAGGUCCAGCUCCUCCAGGGCUGUGGGGAGGGACAGCCUGAGACCCAGACCCUGGGGGUCAGGAAUUGGAGCCUGAGCCGGAGAACCAACCCUGAGCACUGAGGAUAUUCAGGGACCUGGGCCCGAGGUCGGGGUCCCUCCUGAAUACUGAUGACCCAGACUGGCCCCCCUGACCCUGAUGGACCAGGGUACAGGCUGCCAUCUUCUGGAAAGUGACCGGGCCAGUGAGACACCAAGGACCACCUGUGUGAUCCGAAUAAAGGGGGCCUUUCCCUCA